AUGCCUGGACGUGAGGUGCCCCCGCGCGCAGUCGGUGCGAAAGAGCGGUGUAGGCCGGCGGGCAGCCCUUACGCCGCGGCCACGGCGUCCACACGGCAGAAGACAGCCAUCCCGAGGACGGCGCCGCCGAAGAAAGAAGAGCGAAGGCCACUGCAGCAGUUCACUGCCGUCGCCCCUGCCUGUGAAAUGUGUCUUGGUCUACUGCAUUACUCCCAGAAGGUUCGCAACGCAUUGGAGGCUGUGCUGGCGAACGCCAGGGUGGUGUUUCUCGACGACACGUUGCACCACCAAAUGGACGAUGAGCGGUGGGUGCGGGUGCUGCGGGCGAUGGGUGCCGAUAAAUCGACGUACUACACGAGGACGGUGGCCCUGAGCAAACCCGCCUUGAGUUCAGGCCGUGAGGGAUUGCGAAUAGAUGCAUAA